AUGCAGGCCGAGGACCUGGCGGACGUGCUGCGGGGCCUCGAAGAGGAGUUCGAUGCGGGCGAGAGGCUGGCUGACGAGCGGGCGUGGUGCGCGCCGGUGCCGCGCGAAAGGGAGGUCAGGACGGUGCGGAGGUUCUACCGGGCGUUCCAUGACGCUGGCACGCUACCGAUCAGGACGUGCACGCUGUGCUACCGGAAGCAGGCCAGGGUGGAGCUCAGGGAGAUGGCGUGGGAGGGCUGGGCGCGGCGCGGCGCGGCGCAGGGAGGUAGGCGGUCCCCGUUCGGCUGCCGAAGCUGCUUCCCCGGGGGCACGCCGGUGCCGGUGUGCGCCGAGUGCGCGCGGCGGGUCGGGCGCGACGGCGCAUCGGCGGCGAUGCACCUGCACCGGCGGCUCGGCUGCGAGCACACGUACCCCGACGAGCUCAAGGACCUGACGCCGGUCGAGGAGAAGCUGAUCGCGCCCAACUCGUGCUACGGCUUCGUGACAAAGUAUAGCAUCCCCGGCGGCCAGAGGCAGAGCGUGAGGUACCCGAGGCACGUCAAGGGCCACAUCACCGUGUUCCCCAACGACGUCCAGGGGCUCGCGACCAAGGUGCUCCCGCACCCGCUGGUCCGGGUCAUGGACGAGAUCCACGUCUCGUGGCAGGGCGCCGAGAGGCCCGGGCCGCGGGACCUGUGGGGCCUGCUGUCGGUGCGGCGGCGGGUGGUCGAGAGGGCGCUGGCCUGGCUCAAGGAGAACAACCCGCUGUACGGCGAUAUCGAGAUCGACACGGCCGAGAUGGACAGCUGGGGGGAGCCGGCCUACGGGGUGCCGGCGGCGGUGUUGGAGCGGCUGGAGCGGAACGAGCCGUCGGCGCGGGAGAGGACGCAGACGGCGCAGCUGGUGCCGCCGACGGAGCGGGCCCUGGACGACGAGGGCGCGGUCGAGAUCGAGGAGGUGCUCGCGAUGCUGAGGCAGGGCCGGGACCCCGCCGAGGGCCGGCCCGACCCCGGGCCCACGCGCGAGGGGGAGGGUAACGGCGAGGAUUGGGAGGGCGCUAGGCCGGAAGGGGACGGGGACAUAAUAAUCAACGAGAUCCGCUUCGCCCGCGAGGCUAUAGGGACUACCAAUAUAGGCCCAAGGACAUGGGUUAACACGGCGGCCGGAGCGGCGGCGGGGAGCGGCGGCGACAGCGAGCCCUAUAUACAGGUGCGGCGCGGGGACGAAUUUGCCGACUCGGCAGACGCGUCCUUCUUCGCCAAGGCGUUCCCGACCCUAUUUCCCUUCGGGCUAGGUGGGCCGAGGCUCGCCGACGAGGCCGCCGCGGGGGAAGGCGCGGCCGCUAGCGCCGGCCACCGGGGCGGCGAGGCGGAGCGGGUCGCUGAGGGCCUUACAUCAACACGGAAUAUGAAGCUCGAAGCCUGGGCUGAUGUCGUGCUGCGGCGCCACGGCGGACGGUUUGCGACGCACCCCAUCUUCGCCUUCCUCGUCUUUAAUAUGGGCGUACGGUCCAGGAACCGCCAGGCUAGCAUGCUGGGCGUGACGAGGAAGAACUUUGCACGGGUCGAGGGCCUGCUAAAGUCGUUAACGGCGCAGAGACUCGAGGCGGCGAAGGUCGAGCUCGAGGCUACGGGCAAGACCAGCGACGACGGGGUGACGGAGCUCCUGCGGUCCCUCUCAGUGUUCGGGCAUAGGCAGCCCAUGUCCAGGGAGAGCCGCCUAAGCAUGCGGAAGAAAAUACUCUCCCUUAUUAUCAGGUACGGGGUGCCGGCGAUCUGGUUCACGCUGAACCCGAACGACAUCACGAACCUGGUAAAGCUGCGGCUGGCAGCGCACCGCGGCCGCGACCCUGACGCCGCGGAGGCUUUCCUUCGAGACCUGGGGACCGCAUAUAAGCGGGCGCGGCUGGCCAUAUCGGACCCGAUGAGCUCGGCCGUCUUUUUCCACCGGGAGAUGACGCUCUUCUUCGAGCACUACGUCAGGACCGGGGAGGAGUCGGUAUUCGGGCACGUUGGGGCCUACUACGGGGCCGUGGAGACGAACGAGCGCGGCGCCCUCCACCUCCAUGGGCUCCUCUGGCUCAGGGGCAACCGGGGCCUCGGCGAGGCGCUCGCGGGCGCCGAGACGGAGGAGCAGGCGGCGUACCGGGAGCGCAUCGCCCGCUACAUAGAUAGCGUCUUCUCCGAGGAGCUAGACGCAGAAGGCUAUUGCGCGGCUCAGGCGGAGAGGUCAGCCACAGACGAUAUAUCCUCACGGCUUGAUGACGUCGCACGCUUCACGGACACCUUCGACGAGGAGGCCAACUUCUGCGCGGGCGCAACGCAGGUCCACACGCACAGCGCGACCUGCGUCAAGUACUCGCUCGGGGGCGGGGCGCGCAAGGGGGACCUCUGCCGGUUCAAGGCGCCGUGGAGGCUGGUGGAGCGGACGGCGCUGACGGCGGACGGGGUGCUCGAGGUCCGGCGGACGCACAGCAUGGUGAACCGGUGGAACAGGGCGAUGGCGGUCGGGCUGCGGCACAACCACGACAUGUCGUUCAUCGCGACGCAGCGCAAGACCAUGGCCCUGAUCUACUACAUCACCAACUACGCGACCAAGGUCGAGGACCCCGCGUGGAAGCGGGUGGCCGCGGCGGCCGAGUUCCUGCCGACUCUAGAGCCGACGGGGGCGGAUAACAGCAGCAGCGCCGGCCACAACACCGGCCAGGAGGGUGGCGCCCAGGGGGGGGUAACAGCAGCAGACCCUAUGGAGGGGAGUAAAACAAGGAUGUUCCUGCUCAAGGUGGCGAACCGAAUCUUUACGGAGCGGCCACUGUCCCAGGUCGAGGUAAUCGCGAACCUCCUAGGGUAUCCGGCCGAGUUUAGCAGCGGCGCGGCGUGGGCAUAUAUCAACACGAACCAGCUCUACUGGGCCGUCUUCCGCCGGUGGCGAUACCUCCGACGGGCAAGUGGCGCGGAGGCGACAGGCGACGCACCAGACGAGAUGGUUAUCAUCAAAGAGGCCGGCUUAAGAAUUCCUCUCGUCGAGGCCUACCGGCAUAGGGGUGAGCUCCUGCGGAGCCUCUGCCUAUACGACUAUGCAUCGGUCGUGAGGCUAAAGCGCACCAGCCGCAGCGCCGACGGCAGGACGAGCUGGGGCGAGAUACCCUUUACGGAGAGCUGGGCGUACGGGAAAGGCUGGGUGCAGGUGCUUAGGCGGCCGGGCAGCGAGGCAACCGUAUGCCUCGAUGGAUACCUCAGUAAGGAGCUUAGUGAGGCAGACGACGAGUCAUGCCACCGAAGGUGUGUUCUCCAUCUCGCCCUGUUUGUGCCAUGGGAGUCCUUUCUAGGCGAGGAGACAGGCGAUAUUAAUGACAUCUGGGCAUGGGCACGGGAGCUGCUGACGCCGAGGGUCAGGCGACUCGCAGACAACGUACAGCUCCUCCGGCGGUCGGCCGAGGACGCGAGGCGGGACGCCAAGCAGUGGGCUGCCACGGCCGAGGAAGGCGACUUAGCGGCGGCGCGGGCCGAAGGGGAGGGCGGCGAGGCCGCCGAGGACGGCGAGGGGGCAUACCGCGCCGGCGGGGCAGGCGACACGGCACGGCUCAUCGACGUCGUCCGGAACGCCGCCGCCGCGGGACAGGUGACGGCACAGUCGGCGGAGCUGCUGGCGAUGACGCAGCAGCUCUGCCGGUUCCAGCAGUCGGCGCUCGGGUCGGCCGCCGAGCUCGCGGCGACGGCGGUGACGGAAGAGAGAGCGGGCAGGCGGGUGGACCUGGCGGGCUCGGAGCUCUCAGGGGCGGCGCUGCCGCGGCAGGAGGAGGUGCGGGCCAUCAAGUCGCAGCAGAGGAGCGCCGCGCGGGAGCGGGAGCGGGCCAUCCAGGGCAUCCAAGGCGCCGGGGCGACGGUGGGCACCAGGACCGACCGUAGCGCGGCUCUCCGUAGGGUCCUGGGGGGCUUCGGCGAGGACGACGUGGACGUGACGGCGGCCGACGGCGACCUAGAUGCAGGCACGGCGGCAGGGAUGCGCGUGCGGCUCGGCCCGUCGAGCUCGUUCCUCGCCGCCGGCCGGGAGCUGGCCAAGGAGCUGACGCUGAACGAGAAGCAGUCGAUCGCCCUCCUCAUCGUCUGCCGGCAGCUCGACCAGGUCCGGCAGGCCAAUGAGGCAGGCGGCGACGGAGACGGGGAAGCGACGUCGGGCACGGCGGGCGGCCAGGCGGGAGGGGCGACCAAGGGGGUGGACGGCGUGCGGCUGCCGGGCGCGGGCGAGCGCUUCGUCGACGGCCGGUCGCGCAUGGACUGGCGGGAGAAGGAGGUGCUGGUGGUCGACGAGGUCAGCAUGCUCGGGGCGCGCACGCUAUACGCCGCCAACGAGCAGCUCUGCCGGCUGCGGGGGUCGGCGCGGGACUUCGGCGGCAUCCCGGUGGUGAUCUUCUGCGGCGACUUCCACCAGUUCCGGCCGGUGCAGGAGCGGUCGAUCCUGCUGCCGAGCGCGGCGGUGUCGUGGGACGAGGACAGGGCCUUCACGGCCGAGCAGCGGCGGCAGCACGACAAGGCGCACGCGCUCUGGCGGCGGUUCACGACGGUCACCAUGCUCGACGAGCAGAUGCGGGCCGCCGGCGACCCCGAGCUGCGGCGCCUGCUCGGGCGGAUCCGGCGGGCGAGCAGGACCGGCGUGACGGUGGUCACGCCGCUCAACCGGAACCGCUGGAACCUCAACCUCGAGGCGGCGCUCGCGUUCCGGGCGCGGCAGCGGACGGCGGCGCGCGUCUUCCUCUCCGAGCACAAGUGGAAGGACGGCACGCCGACGGAGGAGGAGGCGAUGCUGAUGCUCGGCCAGGGCGACGACAGCGCGACGCCGGUGCCGGCCGUCUUCGUCUUCGUGCCGGGCAUGCCGGUCGUCGUGAACCAGAACACGCACCAGGGGCUGAAGGUGGUGAACGCUGACGGUGCACUUCGGCCGCCGGCGGGCAUCGUGCUGGCGUCGGAGACGACCAGGGACCUCCACUUCGUCGGGAUGCCGUCCGGGACGAUCCUGCUGACGCCCAUCACCGUCAAGAUCACGGCGCAGCGGAAGCGGCCCUGGCAGCGCAACGACGUCGGCCGGCGCGGCCUGCCGUGCGCCGCGGCCUUCGCCUGCACCGACUACAAGGUGCAGGGCGGGACGAUCGAGCGCGUCGCGCUCGAGCUGCGGGGGGCGAGGACGACGACGGUCGAGGGCAGGGCGGUGGCGUCGCCGUGCGACCCGUACAGCCUCUACGUGCAGCUCUCGCGGUGCCCGACGCUCGACGGCAUCAUGCUCGUAUCGGAGGUGCGGGAGCGGGACCUUAUAGGGAACCGGGUGCCCGGGGAAAUGACAGCGGCGCAGGCCCGGCUAGAGGAGCUAAGCAAGCAGACAACACAGGAAGCAGGUAGCCUACUCCGCAGCUAA